AACAAAUCCCAGUGCAGGAUGUCCGAGUUGGAGAACGCAUUGAUUUCAAUUAUGAAAAUCUUUCACAAGUACUCGGGAUCUACCACAGGAAAACUCAAGAAAGCUCAAGUGAAGGAACUCGUCAACAAUGAGUUAUCUCGUUUCAUUGAGAAAAUAACUGACCAGGAAACACUGGAUAUCCUCAUGCAAGACCUGGAUGAAAAUGGUGAUUUGGAGAUAGAUUUUACAGAAUUUGCCACGUUCGUUGCCAUGGUAACCUGUACAUGCCAUACCUUCUUUACCGUUCAAGAAUGAACGUUGGGUUGGUUGGCGCCUGCGUUGGGGAUAGAAACAAAAUUCACCGAAGCCAAGACAGGAAGAAUUCUGCAACUGGGUGUUUCCAACAUAGAAACAGGAGGUCAUUCAGCCCCUCAAGCUUGUUCCACCAGUCUA